AUGAUGAAUCGGUACUCCUUAUAUUUUAAAGAUAAUCAUUUAGAAGAUUCCUAUCAAAAAUAUUGGCUAGAGAUCAAUAGAAGACCUCUUUUAAAAAGGUUGAUAAUCUCCACAACUUUAGUUCAAAUCGCAGAUCUAUUGUAAAUUAUUGUUACAGCAAAAUAUGAGGUAUUAACUUGGAAUUAUGUGCUUGUGCAUUACUUAUUUGAAAUUAUUUUGAAUCUACUACUAAUCGUAAUAAUAAUAUAUUAACCUAAAUACAUAAGAAAAGGACUCUUAUUAUAUAAUCAUUUUUUUGCCACUGCUUUUGUAGCCAUUGAAUAUCUGGAAGCUAUGUAUUCAAUAAAUUAUUCAAAGAUAAUUUAAUUAGGAAUAAUAGGAUCAUAAUUUAUAAUAAUUUUGUCUUCUGACUUUAUUGAGGCUGCAUACUAAGCAAGCAUUUUUCCUUCAAUAUACUUAUUUAUGUGGUCAUAUGGAUAGGAACAGAUUUAUUAUUCUGGUAUAGUUGCAGUCAUCUUAUCAGGAUUGGUUUUGUUAUAAUGUUUAUAUGAUCAUUAAGUUGCUUUGAGAUCGUAAUUUUAAUUGGGUUUUAUUGAUAAUCAAUGGGAAAAUAUAUUUACAUAAUUAAUUGGUGAAUAAUAUUUAAUAUUUUAUUUUGAUAAUGCUACAUUUAGUUUUCAAUUAUCAAAUUCUAAAAAUUAUAUUUACAAAAUUGAUACAACUUAAUAGCUUAAAGUAUAUUUGAGAUCUAUAAAACUAAACAAAAAAUAAAAUUUUGAGUAAUUUUGUUUUGAAUAAAUUAAAAAUCAUAAAAACUUUUCUAGAGAUGAUCUUAAAUAGAAUUUAUCAAUUUUAUUUUAGGGUAAAACACAAAUAAUUCAAUAUUCAAUAUUUUAUAGUGUUCGACCUAUAAUUCUUUUAUAAGUUAUUUCUAAAGAUAAGAACAGCAAUUAAACAGAAAUACAAAUUGAUAAAAAGAUAAAAUUAGAUUCAAACUAUUAAUUUAAAUAUAAAAGGUUUAUAUAUUUGUUAUACUAACCACUUAAAAAGAAAUGUAAUGAUAUAUCUAUAUCGCUUAAUCUUUUAUCAAAAAUUAGAAAAAUCUGUCUAUAUGCAAAUUUAUAAGAAUAUAUCACUCCUCAUAGCAUUUUGUCAGUAUAAAUUUUCUAAUUAGAAUAUUUAUUUUAAAAAAUUAAUUUUAUAUAUGCAGAUUAUGAGAUAUAAAUUGAUAAUAAAAUCAAUUUAAUUACAAAUAACAAAGAACUUUUAUUAAUGUUUUUCAUUGAAAUAAUAGAAAAAACAAUAUCAAAACAUUUGAAGAUAACAACAUUAAUAUAAGAGAAUUUUUUAAUCUUUAUCAAAUUUACCUGCUACUACUCCAAAAAAUCUUUAGAUUAGUUAAUGCACAGAGUAAACCAUUACUCAAAUUUUAUAAAUAGCAUAGAAUUUGAAGAUUAAUGUAUAAUUAAAAAAUUAUUUUAGUUAUUGGGCUCUAUAUUCGAAAUAUAUCCUUAGAUAUCGGAAGUAAAUUUUCUUUACUACCAUCCAAUCAAAACUAAUUAUAUUAAAAUAUACUUAAUACUGAACGUUCUUGA